CGCAAGCAUAUUCCUCUAAAGUUUGCUCUUAUUGCCAAGCAGAUCAUAUAAAUGGCUUAUAAUAUCGCCUUUGCCUUCCGUCUCGGUGAGGAGAAAGCAUACAAUCGUCGCAUCUCUAUUGAGAAAGAGACCAAAGGCGCUUGCAAGAGGGAAGAUAAUGAUAAGACUGCUGACCUCGAAGUAUCUAUCGAUGAGUAAUGCGGCUGCUCAUUUAUUAACCAUGCUGCGAAACCUAUCUAUCAUCUCGCUACAACUCCCUCGGCUGCUUCUGCUGCUGCUGAGUUUCCAGGCAAGCCCCCAUCUGUUCAGGAGGGGCCACUGCCAAGGCUGUUGUUCGCGAGCUUCGUCGUCGCUCCGAUGAAGAAGACCAUUUAUGGUUCAACCGAAUCAGCACUUGAAUCUCCGAGAUUACGAAGACCACGAUGACAGUUGGCGCUACAGACAGAAGCCCUGAGCACCGUGGAGUCUGCGUCCCCAACCCCCCUGGCACCGAGUCAAACAUUGCUUUGCACUAUGUGACCACCGCUCGGCAGACAAACUGGCCUCCGGGUCUUGUCAAGCCUUGUUUCGACUUUAAGAUCGACACCGUACUUCCUGUCGGAAGCCUGCGAAGUUCCCUGAACAGCCUAUUCGAUCCUGGCUAUUAUGACAAGCAGCGGAAGGAGUACGUUUGUAGAAAGAUCGCCAUCACAGGCUACAAGGGUGUAGAAAUCAACAUGUACAAUAUGCCAGAUGCAUCAACCGUCAUGAUUGAAUGCGACACUGUCAUAUUGAUGAACUCCGGUGCUUAUGCCUUCAACUUGACUUUGGCAGCUCGUUUCUGGAACUAUAGCCACAACUUCCAGAAGGAGCCUGUCAAGGUAAACUUCCAUGAGAAGUUCCCUGGUCUUGCCCGUGCAUACAAGGAAGACAAGUUCGAUGGUGAAGUUGCACGUCUCGUCGAAACCCUUCAAGAUGUUCCAGCUGGCCACGCGUUUUGCACUGGCGGUCCUGGUUCCGGAAAGACCACUACUGUGCUCAAAAUUGUCGAAGCCGUUCUUUCUGGCCUUGUUGAGACCAUCGAUGUCUCCGACCCUGACGCUAAGAAGUGGAAGACGUCUCAGGCUCCUGGCGACAACACAUCGCAAACUCCAGCCGUUGAUGCCUGGGGCGCGGCACCAGCUCCCGCCGGUGACGAGUCUCACACUUCUGAACCUGCUGCCGAUGAAAAGGUCAAUGCCCCAGCAAUCCCUCAAUACGAAGUCAUACCUACUGAAAGUGGUGACCUCGAGUGUGGACUCUUUGCCAUUAUCAACAGUCUGUUCUACCAGUUGACAGAACAUGCACCAGAGUCAGUUGAUCAACUGCGAUCUAUCCUUCGCGGUCCAGAAAUGACCAAGAGAAUGGCACAAUAUGGUGGCCUCGGUACGUCGAACUUGACUGUCGACCAAGUCGCUGCAGUGCUCCAACGUUGGGGUGAUGAACGUGACAUCAAUCUCCAACUUGAUGUCAUCGUUGAUGGAGACCAACCUUCAGCACAGGUGCUCUUUCCCAGCGAAGAUCGCACCACUAUUUGAAUCCAUAACGACAACGCUAUAGAGUUGUCCGGUACUAACUACAACCACUACUCCGGCGUGAAGCUGAUCACCCCAACUGCCCCUGCCACCGAGCUUGAUUACUCUCAGAAAGUUCUAGACAGCGUCGCUCAUGUUCAAGGCAUUGUCAGCGUCCCCGCCCUUGACGUGGAUGAAGAAGCACCUGAUCCGGUCGCAAAGUACGAAGAGCCCAAGCCUGGUGAAUACAAGGAACCAGUAGGUUUCAAAUCUGCCAAGGACACAGGUGCUUCUCCCAACCAGAGCUCGGGAAAGGCCAGAGUUGCCUGGACUGCCGGUCAGAACAAGCUUGUUGACGAUGCGGCUCGUCACGCAGCUCAGAAGUGCUCCGAUAAGGUUGUAUCUUCAAUGUGCUACCGAGCCUUUACCUUUUGCCAUCGGCAUUUCAGUUCAGAGGGUGG